AUUUACAAGUAGGCUGCAUCUUGUAUUGCCAAAACAUAGCAUCAAGUUUCACUAGAGCUGCAUAGAACACUUCUUAUCAGAUGUGUUGACAGCUCCCCUGAUAAAGAAAGUGUCUGGUAAUUUCUGGAUUUGAAGAUAUUAGUGUAGUUCUGGGUGUAGUGUAGUAAUCAUUCGGUCUCAAAAGAUAAGACCGAUUGACCUUAAAACAUUAACUGAAAGAUCACUGUAUAUAAAGACUUCGGGAAGUGGACAGAAGUUGAUUAUAGUCCAGUCUUCUAUAUAAAACAGAACCUACUACGACAUGGUCAAGAAGGUUUGUGUUAUCGGAGCGGGUGUCUCGGGCUUGGCAACCAUCAGAUGGUGUCUCCAAGAAGGGCUUGAUGUCACAUGUUAUGAAAAACGACCCUUAGUAGGUGGGUUAUGGUGUUUGGAAGACGAGGCGUCGCGUCUUGAUGUAAAUAAUCCAGUUGACAUUGAAUGUAGACCUUAUGCCACGUGCCACAUAAAUGACAACAAGGAGGCAUUUUCAUUCUCCGACUUCUGGUUUUCAAAGGAUGCUCCAAUGUACCUACCCUGGCGAAAAGUCGGUCAAUAUUUCGAAGACUAUGUCGAUCAUUUUCAUUUGAGAACUCGUAUCAAACUAAACACGAGUGUAAUAAAAGUAAAACGUGAAACCAACGGUGCUGGAUGGCAAGUUACAACAAAACCAAUUAUCGAUACCAGCCCUGCUCCAACAACUGAAAUGUUUGAUGCAGUGAUUAUAUGCAAUGGCUUAAUGAACCGUCAAUACAUACCUGAUGUCAAAGGAUUGGCUACAUUCAAAGGACGUAUCAGUCACACGGGAGAUUAUUACAGACCUGAUGUAUUCCGGGACAGGAAUGUCUUAAUUAUAGGAGGAGGUAAUUCGGCAACUGAGGUAGCAAGUGAUAUAAGCAGAGAAACAUCACAGACGUACCUGAGUGCAAGAGAUGGGCUUUGGCCCCUAAGCCGCUUAGCUGGUGGAAAAUCUGCGGAGUUACUACCUAUAUGGUCAAGAUACACAAAUUGGCGCUACAAAGUUAGUGAACUAGACAAGGUGUAUGGAGGCGACGUGCGCAAACGAUUCAAUUUCAAAGACUACAGUAUGGAGCCUAAACGUGGACUUCUGACAAUGUCCAUUGCUAUAGCAGACGACAUUGAAUUUCGUAUUGCAGCAGGGGCAUUAAAGAUGAAGGGAGAAGUCAAGGAAAUUACAAAGACUGGAGCAAUAUUUCAAGAUGGCAGUCGUAUAGAUGAUAUUGAUGACAUUGUGUUCGCAACUGGUUUUAAUCCAUCCACUGAGUUUCUGGAUGAUAGUCUAGGUACAUUAGAGACAAUUAAUCUCUACAAAUACAUGAUUCCAGUGGACGACGACUCGCGGUCCCUAUUUUUCAUUGGCAUUGCUAAUGUUCUUGGCCCAAACACUGCAGCUUUUGAGUUACAAGCCAGAAUAGCGGCAAG